AUGAAUAUUCAUAUGUUGGUCCAGAACUCGGCAUCAUACGAGGUGAAGACGGGGUUAAAGGUCAUCUUUCACUGCGCCAUCCUCGUCUCCGUCCUAAGUGUCCUGGCCGUCGCUUGCUACCGCUUCAUCGCCAUCGCCUUCGACCCCUUCGGAAGUCGUAACCUGAUCACCGCGCCCCGCUGCAUCGUCGGUAGCGUACUGAUGUGGGUCCUGCUGGCCGUGCCGAUGCUGGUGCUGAAAUACUGCUCGGGCGUCUACAGCAUGUUCCUCCUCCUCAUCAACCCCAUCAUCAUGUUCACCAGUCUGGCGAUCACGGCCUUUUGUUACGUCAUGACCUACAAGGAUAUCUCGGGAGCGGGCAGGGAUGCGGGAGGCAUUGACCAAAUCAAGAGUCGCCUCAAAGAAAAUCGAAAGGUUCUGGCCACGUUCGCUGUCAUUACUUUGACCAGUUGCAUCUGCUGGAUCGUGCACUGCUUCCACGAUAUCCUCCAGAUCUACGCCAUUUACUACGAUAACAUCGACGCCGUCAGCAACAUCCUCGUCGCCCUCAACUUCGUCAUCGACCCGGUCAUCUACUGGUGGCGACUGGACGAGUUCCGCAACGUGCUUCGCAAGCUAGUGUGCCGAAGCGCGCUCGCUCGUCGUGUCCGUCGACUACGCGGGAAAGUUGAAGAUAGCUCGACGUCGGGUUCAUCCAAGGUGUUCAGUGUUUCUGAUACGACCAAGGUUGUCAAUAUGCCGAUGGAAUCAGAUGCCUGAACCACCCCCCCCCCCCCCGGGGGGGUCACUCUCCACAUGGACUGCUACCCACCCGUGUCCGACAACCUCAGAAAUGCACCCUAAAUGGCUCAACUACAUUAACUAAAUUUGCAACCCUAAAUGGCGUAACCCAUGAGAAAAGCCAUCCCAAGUGGCGUGAACAGGGAAAUCCCCUAAUUUGAUACCCUAAGUGGCGUAAACAUCGAAAUCAAUUAAUUUGAUACCUGUGGGCGUGUGGUAUAGGUAACGUGUGCUGCCUAGUAUAGAGCCAGGUGUAAGAGUCUAGCUGCUGUGCUGGCCGGCGUGUGCAAGGAUUAUUUUCCUUCAUGGUGUUUAUGGCUUAGGUCUGCUCCCAGGUCUCCUCAAAUUUGCCCAAAUAAAAGUUGCACCCCCAAAAGGCGUAAUCUUUAUAACCAAAUUAGCAGCCCUAAAUGGCGUGAAGAGAGAGAAAAGGCUACCCUAAUAGGCACUAGCGUACCUAAGGGGGGGCAGGGGGCAGACUGCCCCCCUGACGAGUCACAACUCAUGCAAAGGACGUAUCCCUGCCCCCCCCCCCUGACGAGUCAAAACUGAUCCCUGAUGAGCCACAAGUGGCCCCCUCCUUUGAAGUUGAAGACCCUUUUUUUUUUGCUUGUCAAUUUUUUUUCUGGUGCGAAAUGUCCUUUCUUUACUUGCAGUUG